UGUCAAUGUUAUCGACCGUACUGGUGUAAAGUUUGGUUAGAUUAAUUUAUUUUGUUGCGGGAUCUAUGAUAUUCGCUUGUACAUAUACAUAUAUCUAUAUUAUAAAAUGAAUUAUAUUUAAAGUUUAACGUUUAAUAAAUAUGAAAAGCGGUUGUUUUGCUCGAAUAAAUAUAUUUAUUUACUGAGAAGUGUUGGGAAUUAUGUACAAUUGAUCCUUUAUUAAGUAAAUUGAGAAAUGGAUGCAUUGCGAGGUUACGGCAGUAGUGAUGAACACAACAGUGACGAUGAUGGAAGGGUUGAAAAAACAGCACCUGACAUCAACAAUAAAAAAACAAUACAAAAUAAUAGCACUUUCGCGGAUUGUUCUAUUCCUACCUCCAUGAAAGACUCGUCCAGUUUAGUAUUAAAAAUUUGUUCCGCACCAGAAGUAGUGGCAACCGGUACAGAAUUAUGCGUGCAGCAUAUAGAUUCAACGACGAAAGAAUUGGUAUUUAACCCAAAGUUUCAUGAACUUUUUGCACCCGAAGUAGGUCCAGAAAAUCCUUUUAAAACUCAACAACAGAAAGCUGAAAAAAAUACUUUGGCGGGAUACGUUGAGAAGGCCCAUAUUAGUGAAUUUCAAUUUGAAAAUCAGAGAAGGACGUUUGCAAGUUACGGUUAUGCCUUGGAUCCAACUGUCGACGGAAGCGCGGAAGAAGGAAAAAUAUUAAUAGGAGCAGUCGAGGCUGCCGAAGGAACUGGUGGAAAGACGGUUUUUGAAAACAGAACUAUAAGACCAUCGGAUAAGAGAAAGAGAAACAGAAAUAACGAUCCUACCGAUAUAACUGGAUUUUUGGGUCCUUGGGGUGGUUAUGUGGGUGAACAACGUAUCGUUAAACCUAGCGAAGACGAAGCUGCUGAGCUCGAAGAAAUUUUAGCUAAGAGAAAUAAGAGAGGAAAGCAAGUAGAUGAGAAGCCUCUGGAGGAAAAAACUGUUUUGCACAUUAAAGACAGCGUUGAUUACCAAGGAAGAUCUUUCCUUCAUGCUCCGCAAGAUGUUGGAGUUAAUUUGAGGUCAGAAUCUCCACCGGAGAGAUGUUUCCUUCCCAAAGCUCAAAUUCAUACAUGGGAGGGACAUACUAAAGGAAUUUCACAAAUUAGAUGGUUUCCCCUUACAGCACAUUUAUUAUUAUCUUGUAGUAUGGAUUGCAGAGUCAAGCUGUGGGAAGUGUACAAAGAUAGAAGAUGCGUUAGAACGUAUUACGGUCAUAGACAAGCUGUAAGAGACAUAAGCUUUGAUAACGAUGGUAAAAGAUUUUUGUCUGCUGGAUACGAUCGUUAUGUAAAGUUAUGGGACACCGAAACUGGUGCUUGUAUAAGCCGAUUUACAAGUAGAAAAGUACCAUAUUGUGCAAAAUUUAAUCCCGAUUUAAACAAGCAGCAUCUCUUUGUAGCAGGAACGAGUGACAAGAAAAUUAUAUGCUGGGACAUUAGGUCCGGAGAAAUAAUUCAAGAGUACGACAGGCACUUAGGAGCUGUUAACACCAUUACAUUUGUCGAUGAGAAUCGUAGAUUUGUAACAACAUCUGACGAUAAAAGCUUACGAGUUUGGGAAUGGGAUAUACCGGUCGACAUGAAAUAUAUAGCCGAUCCAACAAUGCAUUCGAUGCCAGCUGUCACACCAUCGCCUAAUCAAAAAUGGUUGGCUUGUCAAAGUAUGGAUAAUAAAAUUGUUAUAUUCUCAGCACUAAAUAGGUUUAAAAUGAACCGGAAGAAGACCUUUACCGGACAUAUGGUUGCCGGGUAUGCCUGUGGAUUAGACUUUUCCCCCGAUAUGAGCUAUUUGGUAUCGGGUGAUGCAGAUGGAAAAUGCUACGUUUGGGAUUGGAAAACUACAAAACUUUAUAAAAAAUGGAAAGCUCACGAUAAUGUUUGUAUUUCUACACUGUGGCAUCCCCAUGAGCCUUCGCGACUUGCUACUGCUGGUUGGGAUGGAAAAAUUAAAUAUUGGGAUUAAUUUUGUACAUAGAUAAUUUUAUAAUUAAUAA